UCGGGUGACGCAAAAAAACAAAUUCGACGGCGUGCGUACCAAAACGCAAGCCGCGAAUAUUAGGUUAGCCUGUUAACGAAUGUUUGCUGUUGCUUCUGAUAAGGCUACUCCCGAAAGUGUUUGUCUCUGUUCCUGAGUGAUCUGGCAUUUUUGAAUUGUGGAGGAAAAAAAAACAAAAGAAGUGCAACAUGCUGAGCUCCACGACAUUUGUAUCCACUGGACCUGUGGAGGUACCGAAAGCUCUCCGAGAUGGAGAAAAGUUCAUCAAAUGGGAUGAUGAUUCUGGAACGGGCACACCGGUCACUAUGCGUGUGGAUUCCAAAGGAUUUUACUUGUAUUGGAUUGACCAAAAUAACGAGAUGGAUAUACUUGACAUUGCGACGGUACGAGACGCGCGUACAGGACCAUUUGCCAAAAAACCAAAAGUAAGUGCUUUAGACUUGCAUACAUAAAAGUAUCCAUGCAUAUACAUAUACU